UCAGAAUCAAAACCCUAAUUUCAUUUCUCAGGCGUCACAGACUAUGGAAGUAGCAGUCGAUCACUACAAGGUUUUAAACCUACCGUCCGAUGAGAAAUCAGCUCAUCUGACGGAAGAAGAUAUCUCAAGAGCAUACAAGAAAAUGGCGUUGAAAUUUGCUCCGAUUCAAGCGUCAGCAGAAGGCGGAGCAUGAUCUCUGGCAACAGAGGAAAAACAAGAAGAGGAAGCAUUUAAUGCUGAACAACAGAGAAAGAAACAGGAAGAGGAAGCAUAUAAUUUUCAACAACAGAGGAAGAAACAAGAAGAGGAAGCAUAUAAUCAGAGAAAAAAAUAAGAAGAGGAAGCAUAUAAUUUUCAGCAGCAGAGGAAAAAACAAGAAGAGGAAGCAUAUAAUUUUCAGGCCGAGAAUCUUCGCAUGGUGAAUGAACUAAUGAGAAAUUGUAAUGAAGCACUUAAGCAAUAUGGCGAAGCACUUAAACAAUGUGCUGAAGUAUAUAGACUAUCGGCUGCUGAAGAGGAGGAAGAGAGAGCAUAUAAGUUGGAGGAGCAGAGAAAAAAACAACAAGAGAAAGAGAAAAGAAGAGGAAGCACAUAAGGUUGAAGAACGGAAAAAGAGGCAACAGAGAGAAGAUCAGAAAAAGAGAAAACAAGAGACAGAAAAUAAGUUUGAAGAACAGAAAAAGAGAAAACAAGAGAAACCAUGAGCAGCAGGGAAGGAGACAACAACAGAAAGCACCACCGCGGAAUGCAUCAACCAAAGCUUCAGCCCCUCCUCCGCAGUAUGCAUCAACCAAAGCUUCAGCCCCUCCUCCUUUUCAAGCUCGUGCUCAAGCAGAAAGGUACACUGAGAUUCUUCGCAAACUACAAGAAUCAUUUCAUCCAUGUGUUGUUAACAUGAUGUUUUUUUUAGAUGAGUUCCAGAAAUCAAAAGAGAAGGAAUGGCAAGAGUUAAGUGCAAUAUUAGUUUGGUUUAGGAGAAUAUUAGAAAGUAAUUUUAAGAUAUAAAGAUUGUAAAUGCUUUAAUUUCCCUGCAAUCUGGUUUAUUUGAAUAUAAAAAGUAUUUAAUGCUAACCAUAUGCAUUAUGCAGUCCAAUUUGGUAUGAUCCACAGUUCUUUUAGUAUUACAACAUGUCUGCUAUAUCACCUGCUUUUUGGUCAAAUUUUAACUUAAAUUCGGGGUUGGUUGACUUGAAUUCGGAAUUGCUCGACUUCAAUUCAGAAUCUGUUAAAAUUGCUCUUGUUUUACCUAAUUACAAAGAUGUUGGAUAUUGAGAAUCAUGAAAUUAUUUGGUACGAUGUUGAGAAGAGAAUAUAUAAAAAUGUCUGAUUUGAUGGUAUUCCUCGUUCGAUUGAUUCAAUUAGUUGUUGAGAAAGUAUUAAUUUUUUCGGUUCGAUAGAGAUGGAGAGAAUACAACAGCCUAAACCCUGUUGGUGCUUUACAUGGAAUAGAGAAAGGAAUAUUUUAAAUUUCCAGUUUAGACUCUUGAGAUUUUUCCCAUAAGUAACAAGCAGCAGCUGAGAUCGCGCGCGGGCCAUUUCUCUGUGAAUGGGAAGAUACUAAUUGUAUGCAAACCAGAUGUUAUGUCUUUGGGUUAUUAGCCCAGGAAUGUACAUGCUCACAUUUAUGUAAAACAUACAUUUCAUGGAUUGUUAUGCGAUGUUCAGGAUUUGGCACUCUAAAAGUACUUAGACCAUGUUUGGUUCAUAAAAUUGAUAAGGAAUGUAAUAAUUAUUCCAUAUGCAAUAACUAUUCUUUGCUCUGGUUCAAAUUUGAGAUAAAUAAUAGUAAUAAUUUUGUGUUCUGUAUUCUGUCGAACAAAAUAUGGCUUAUCGUGAUGAUCAGAACGAUCAAUUUCUGUAAUAAAUUUAGAGGUAAUGCGCCUAAUAGAUCUGGCUGUAAUUGAGGGGGCUGAAUGUUUACAUAGAACUUAAGGCAGCCAUCUAUUUUGGCCCUGCUUUAAAUCAGAGUUUUUCUAAUCAGAUUCUGAAUUAAACAAUAAGUUAAUAACAAUCCAUAUCAGAUAAAUAUGAACUGAAUGCAAAUCACACUUGAAAUGCGUUGAUAUCUUUUCUUUGUAAGAAAGUUAUUUUUGUUGAGAUCAUUCUGAUUUGACUCCAGUUUCCCAAUGUCAAACUUUCGAUAUGAUGGUCAUAUGCAUAUGGUAAAUAAUCAAAAGUUUUGCCUGUAAUAGUUCAUUGCUUCUGAAUCUCGGAAACUGGAUUCGAACCAUUAUGUGCACAAUCAUCCAAGGGAACAUUAAGAAACAAUUGUGGAUUAGAUAUCUGAUCUUCCUGUUUUUUCACAUUCUCUACUAUGGAAACAUUCUAUGUUUUUUCCAUGUAAAACUUUCUUAAUGGAUUACAUCCCAAAUGCAUUUAUUUCUAUGUUUCUGAAUUGGAAACAAGCAAAAUUCAGAAAAUCGCAUUCAUUUCUUACAUUAUAUAAAUUUCCUUGCAAGGAUAAUUCCUUUACCUGCAUUUCAUUUUCAUAAUUGCAUUAUAGCUAAAAUGGAAAUAUUUUAUGGAUUAUGGACAGUUGUAUAAGGAGAAUCUUUUACUGUACAAUGGUAGAUGAAUCUGGCAUGAAUAGAAUAAGAGAUACGUUCAUGUAAUUUUAGUAUAAAAGACCUAUUUCUGCCACUUAUUCAUACCAAGAACUCAACAAUGGCUAAUCAAGUGUCAAUACUCUUGUCUUUUUACUCUGUUCUUAUUCUGAGCAUUGCUAUAAUCUUCCAUGUCUCUGCGGAUAUCGACAGAAAGGUCUACAUUGUGUACAUGGGAUCACUUCCAAAACAAGAAUACUCACCAUCAUCUCACCACCUUAGUUUGCUUCAAGAAGUUCUUGAGACCGGCAAUGUAGAAAAUUUACUGGUAAGAAGUUACAAAAGGAGUUUCAAUGCAUUUGCUGCUAAGCUUUCUGAUACUGAGGCACAGAAGCUUGCAGGCAUGGAGGGAGUAGUCUCAGUUUUUCCAAGCACAACAUUCGAGCUUCACACGACAAGAUCAUGGAGCUUCAUUGGUUUGGAUGACAGUGCAGAUCGAAAGCCUGACAUUGAGAGUAAUGUUAUUGUUGGUGUUCUUGAUAGUGGAAUCUGGCCGGAAUCCGAUAGUUUCAAUGAUACAGGUUUCGGCCCCCCUCCCAAGAAAUGGAGGGGAAGCUGUAUGGGAGGCCAAAAUUUUACUUGCAACAAUAAGAUAAUCGGAGCGCGGUACUAUAAGUCGGUAGGCGUUUCAGCAAGGGAUGAUGUUGGCCAUGGAACACAUACUGCAUCAACAGCUGCGGGAAGUAAAGUAAAGGAUGCUAGUUUCUUUGGCAUUGCACAAGGUACUGCAAGAGGAGGCGUACCCUCUGCGAGAAUUGCUGCAUAUAAAGUGUGUGGAGCUAUAGGAUGCGUUAGUGAAGACAUUUUGGCUGGAUUUGAUGAUGCUAUUGCUGAUGGUGUUGACAUUAUAACCAUUUCUCUGGGAGGUAGAAGAGCAAGUGAGUAUUACGAAGAUCCUGUCGCGAUCGGAGCUUUCCAUGCGAUGGAGAAAGGUAUAUUUGUCUCUCAGUCUGCCGGUAAUAGUGGUCCUAAAGAAGGAACGGUAAUGAGUGUAGCACCAUGGAUCAUCUCUGUCGCUGCGAGCAGCAUGGAUCGUCGGAUCGUUGACAAAGUUGUUCUUGGAAAUGGGCAGACAUUAAAUGGUACUUCGGUUAAUACUUUUUCGCUAAAAGGAGCAAACUUCCCUUUGAUCUUUUCGAGAUUUGCAUCAUCAACUAACUGCUCAAAGGAACCAUAUCGUGCUGGGUUUUGCGAAGCUGGAUGUCUGAAUAGAACUUUAGUGAAGGGGAAGAUAGUAAUUUGCGAACGGAGUCUCGUGAGCGAUUUUGAAACUGUUGGUGCUGCCGGAAAUAUCUUGCCAGGCACCGAUGUCCCGGACAAUGUUUCUUUUGUUUCCUCAUCUCCUUCACUAUAUCUGGAUUAUGACAAUUUUGGUGCACUUCAGUCCUAUAUGCAGUCCACAAAGCUGCCUACAGGAAAUAUAUUAAAAAGUGAAGCAAUUAAUGAUUCCUGGGCGCCUGCCGUUGCUAUGUUCUCGUCACGGGGACCGAAUAUAAUUACAGUAGACAUUUUGAAGCCGGAUAUUAGUGCACCUGGUGUAGAAAUUCUGGCAGCUUUUCCGACUAAUUUGUCACCGACAGCGAGCUUUUAUGACAAGCGUCGGGUUAAAUUCAACAUACUUUCAGGAACCUCCAUGUCUUGUCCCCAUGUUGCCGGAGCUGCAGCUUAUGUUAAAACAUUUCAUCCUGAUUGGUCUCCUUCAGCUAUCAAAUCUGCUCUUAUGACGACCGCUUCCAAUAUAUCAGCAAGGUAUGAUCCUGAGAUGCACUAUGGAUCAGGACACCUAAAUCCUUUAGCAGCGGUUAAUCCCGGACUUAUAUACGACGCACACAAAGACGACUACAUAAAUUUCCUGUGCAGCAUCAAACGCUACACUGAGAAAAUGGUCAGACUCAUUUCAGGGGAAAAUACAAUUUGUCCUGACAAAAAAAGCUUGCCAAGGGAUCUGAAUUACCCUUCUAUUACCGCUUUUGUCGAGCCUGGCAAGCGAUUUACGAUAAGUAUUAACAGAACCGUUACCAACGUUGGAUUUGCUAAUUCGACAUACAAAGCAACAAUCAGAGCUAGUCCGAUGGUUAAAAUUACGGUAGUUCCUGAAGUGCUUUCGUUUAAGAGUGUCGGUGAGAAGAAGAAUUUUACGGUGACUGCUGUUGAUUCGAGGUUCGACUUUACUCGGAUCAGUUCUUCAUCGUUAGUUUGGUCUGAUGGAGUUCAUGUUGUGAGGAGUCCGAUUGUUAUUCAUUCUUAUUUAACCUUAAAUGAUCCUCCAAAAAGCAGUGAGUAAUAAGAAUGAAAUUGAUGAUCUUGUAUUUGUAAUCAAUGUUUAAUUA